AUGAACCCGAAAGCGCGGCGUUGCCUGGGCCACCUCUUUCUCAGCCUGGGCAUGGUCUACCUCCGGAUCGGCGGCUUCUCCUCCGUGGUGGCUCUGGGCGCGAGCAUCAUCUGUAACAAGAUCCCAGGCCUGGCUCCCAGACAACGGGCGAUCUGCCAGAGCCGGCCCGACGCCAUCAUCGUCAUAGGAGAAGGCUCACAAAUGGGCCUCGACGAGUGUCAGUUUCAGUUCCGCAAUGGCCGCUGGAACUGCUCAGCGCUGGGGGAACGUACAGUCUUCGGGAAGGAGCUCAAAGUGGGGAGCCGGGAGGCUGCCUUCACGUACGCCAUCAUUGCUGCGGGUGUGGCCCACGCCAUCACAGCUGCCUGCACCCAGGGCAACCUGAGCGACUGCGGCUGCGACAAGGAGAAGCAAGGCCAGUACCACCGGGACGAGGGCUGGAAGUGGGGUGGCUGCUCUGCCGACAUCCGCUACGGCAUCGGCUUCGCCAAGGUCUUUGUGGAUGCCCGGGAGAUCAAGCAGAAUGCCCGCACUCUCAUGAACUUACACAAUAACGAGGCGGGCCGAAAGAUCCUGGAGGAGAACAUGAAGCUGGAGUGCAAGUGCCAUGGCGUGUCGGGCUCAUGCACCACCAAGACCUGCUGGACCACGCUGCCCCAGUUUCGGGAGCUCGGCUAUGUGCUCAAGGACAAGUACAAUGAGGCUGUUCACGUGGAGCCCGUGCGCGCCAGCCGCAACAAGCGGCCCACCUUCCUGAAGAUCAAGAAGCCGCUGUCCUACCGCAAGCCCAUGGACACAGAACUGGUGUACAUCGAGAAGUCACCCAACUACUGCGAGGAGGACCCGGUGACGGGCAGCGUGGGCACGCAGGGCCGUGCCUGCAACAAAACAGCCCCCCAGGCCAGCGGCUGUGACCUCAUGUGCUGUGGCCGCGGCUACAACACUCACCAGUAUGCCCGUGUGUGGCAGUGCAACUGCAAGUUCCACUGGUGCUGCUACGUCAAGUGCAACACCUGCAGUGAGCGCACCGAGGUGUACACCUGCAAGUGAGCCCAUGCUGCCUGCUGCAAGCUCGACGGCGGCAAGGCCCCAACG